GCAACCGCCAUGAUCGUUGGUGAGCUGCCGAUGGACGGCCCAUUCGUCAAACCGUUGGUGAGACCGGGCGUCAAACUAGACCGCCCCGAACGGGCACCGAUUGCAAGGAGCGAGCAGUUAGAAAGUGAGCUAGCAUCGCUCGGCGGCACAGGGACGGCCACCGUUGACGAGGAGGCGGACGGUACACACAACGAAGACGAUGCGCAGCCGGUCCUAAGCUUCGCAAAGGACAGUAAUUAUCUGUCGGUGCCGAAAGGUGAUCACGAUCCGGACAGUGGGAUACAGCUGCUCGGCAAAUCGGGCGGUUCGAUACUGAGCAACGCGAAAGCAAUGCCGGCCAAGUACAAUCACCAUCACAACCAUCAGCAUCAUGGGUCCAGUACGAUGCUGGAUCAAAUACCGGAAGAUCUCGAGUCGAGACGCAAUGGGGGUGGUGGUGGUGGUGGCGGUGGUGAAACGUACAAUUCCGGCCGACGUUCGUCCUCUGUAGCGCAGGAUGGGCAUGGACACACGAAACCAUCACUGAUGGCCGCCAUUAGACGAGGAUCGCUCGCCUGGUUGCCUGGACGCCGUCAUCACAACAACGACAUCGAGUCAAACAUGGGCAGCAAGGUGUCGUUAAGCCAGCUGCCACCAUCGAGUGGCCCACUGAGUGAGCAGGCGUUAGAAUCACGCCGCAAAAACAGACGCUUUGGCGAUGAUGCGCUCAGCACGGCUCUGUCCGCACUGUAUGCGAAAAUCGUCGUCAUCCUCGGUAUUGCGCUGCCCGUCACGGAAAUUCUCUCCUCCCAGAUACCGGCCAACGUUUACCAGGGCUUCUACCUGUUUCUCUACACCGUCAGCAUCGCGUUUGUGAUCUUCGUGUACGCCUCCACUAUGCGCCGCCGUGCGGUGCUAACCCUCAUCAAGAGCUAUCAUGAGAAAACGAACAGUAGCUCCUCGACGAAGAAGCGCAUACCGCACUUUGGCAGUUUCUAUCUACGGGUCGGUGCUAUCGCGUUUGGCAUCGGUACGAUGGUGUACUCUGGGCUAGAGUUUGGACAGUACUUUGAGCUGAACGCAUCGCCGGGAUGUUCCAGCAUCUUCAUAGCGCUGACACCGGCCGCCCGGAUGUUGCUUUCGCUGGUCCAGAUGCAGUUCAUCUUUCUCAACACGUCCGAUCUGGAUAUGGCGCGGCAUAAGGUGUUUGCACGGUUUGGGCUAAUGCACAUGGUCGCGACGAACCUGUGCGAGUGGCUGUACGUGCUGGUGGAGGAAACAAAGCACGAGAUCCACCAUCUUGCCCACACGGCACAUCACAAGGGCGAUGCGUUCGACACGUACACGUCACUAGUUACGGCCGCCACCACCCCAACCAGUACCGUCUCCACCACGACCACAGUAUCCGACUCAUCCGAAGAACUGCUGGACGCCGCCCUCAAUCACACACUGGUCCGACGAGCGACCGGCAGUACCGAACCAGCGGCCGAGUACGUCGACUGUCAACGCACCAACAUAAUGGGUUCGCUCGUACAAAAUGUCUCCCCCUUUUUGUUCCCCUGCACCAUCGAGUACUCGCUCAUCUGUGCCGUCAUUCUGUACGAGAUGUGGAAGAAGGUGAAAACAAUCGCCGAAAUCGAUCGGACACGGCGCAGCUCGAUCAAGGUACAGACCGGUGCCGGUUCGAAAAGUGCACACCACUUUUCGGUCGACUGUUCCCGCGCCCAUCGGGGCAUGUUCGGCGGUAUCCUGCUGACGGUCCUCACAAUCAUCUGCCUCAUCAUGUACUUCGUGCUGUACGACGAGCCCGGCUACGAGUACUUCGCGAUCCAGGAGGUAACGAUCGCGGAAACGCUCAUGUACGCACUGACGGCAGUGGCGGUGGUGGUCGCCAUGUUGAAGAUGCGCGAUCUUAAGUAUCAGCGCAAGAAGAACGACCACCACAGUGGUUCGAUUAGUCUCGACUGUACGCUGCUCGUGUUGGCCCAGACGGGGGUGUACGUGUACGGGAUGUUCAGCAUCGUUGGGAGCUACUUCUCGAUGAAGCAAGGCGUGCCGGGCGCACGGGAAGGUUUGGUGGCGGAACUGUUUAGCUUGAUACAAACGUCUAUCCAGACGCUGUUCAUACUGAAUGCGGUGUGGCGCAAGUGUCGCGGUGCACAGCAGAACCGCACCAAGCCGGGCAGGGAGAUCGUUACCUUUCUGCUGGUCGCCAACAUGGCGAUGUGGUUCAUCAACACGCUGAUCAAGGGGCGGGCCAGCUUCCGGCCGUCCCAUCUCGAUUUCUUCGGCACCUGGGCCUGGACGGUGAUUACGCACGUCUCGAUGCCACUCGCCAUCUUUUACCGGUUUCACUCGACGAUCUGUCUGUUUGAGGUUUGGAAGUCGACGUACAAGGUGAAGAUCACCGAUCAUCACUAGACGUAGUAGGAGA